CAAACGACUCUCAUCUGAUUUUUCUAUUAUUGACGAGACUUUACCCAGAACACUAACUGAAUCAAUACAGAUAUGUUUAGUAAUCAGCGGGGCACUAAUUCUGAUGAUGAUUACGAACUACAUUCUCAUAGUGCCAAUGGUUUUUGUGGCAGCUGCUAUCUACAAAAUGCGCAAUAUAUUCACAAGAACAAUCCAAGCCAUGCGGCGGCUAGAAGGGACAACUUGCGGGCCAGUUCUAACACACUUGUCUUCCACCCUGGAGGGAUUAGCCACAAUCAGAGCUGGCGGAUCCCAGGAGGUGAUGAGCAUGGAUUAUUACACCUAUCAGGACAUCCACACCUCAGCAUUCUACCUUUUGUGUACCACCGUCACAGCUUCCGCUUUUUGGUUCGACAUCGUUGUCAACAUAUUUGUGGGCUGCGUCUGCUACAGCUUCCUCAUCUUAGAAAAUGCCGCGGGCGCAGCGGCGGCGGACGUGGGCCUGGCCGUGCAGCAGUCCCUGCUGCUGGUGGGCACGCUGCACUACUGCGUGCGCUGCGCCGCCGAGUCGGCCGCCCACCUGGGCUCGGUGCGGCGCGCGCUGGACUACGCCUCGCUGCCGCCGGAGGAGGGACUGCAGCCCGGGACAGGCAACGAACCACCACCUACGUGGCCGUCUAAAGGAGCCAUUCAGUUUGAUCACCUGACUUUGCGAUACAGCAGCGAUUCUCCGCCGGCUCUUAGAGACGUGACAGUCAACAUAGAACCGGGGCAGAAGGUGGGCGUGGUGGGGAGGCCAGGCGCCGGCAAGUCGGCCCUGCUCGCCGCGCUGCUGCGCCUCGCCCCCACGGACGGCGCCGCCAGGCUGGACGGCACGGACACGCGGACCGUGUCCGUGCGCCGCCUCAGGCGCCGCGUGUCCGUGCUGGAGGCGCGGCCCGCCGUGUUCCCGGCCUCGCUGCGCGACAACCUGGACCCGGAGCGCGGGCGGCGCGACAGCGAGCUGUGGGCCGCGCUCCGCGAGGUUGGGAUGAAAGAUGCGGAGCGAACCCUGCUGAUUCCCGUCGGGAGCGGAGGAGGCCAUCACAGCCUGGAGCAGAAGCAGCUGAUCUGCCUGGCGAGAGCCGUGCUAGCGGGCAACAAGAUCCUGGUCAUGGACGAAGCCACAGCCAACGCGGAUCUCCAGACGGCAUCGCUGAUACACGAGACAGUCAGGAAGAAGUUCAAGGACUGCACCGUCUUAACGAUGACCCAGGAUCCGAGGAUCGUCAUAGGCUGCGACAGGAUUAUGGUGAUGAGUGCUGGCACCAUGGUGGAAUUUGGCCACCCGCACUUAUUGCUGCUGAAUCCCGAAGGCCAUUUCUACAAACUGGUACAAGAAUGUGGAACAUCUGUAGCAAAAGAAUUGUAUAGAGAAGCACAGGAGUCUUACAGGCGCAACGAACCUGAAGCUGAGACUCCAGAAAUUGAAGAUGACUGAAUCAUAAUUUCACUUCAUUCCAUCGAGAGAGAAAAACAUUCAACCGUAAAGAAUGCAAGAAGUAAAUCACCUUGGAGAAGAACUUCAAAUUGAAGUAACCCAAAAACUAUGUAAACUAUCAGGUGUUUGAAGACUGGAACGUUGCAUUUAUAAACAAUUAUUUAUUUAAAACAGGAACAAAUGUUUUACAUGCUCGUUUUGACGCCUGUAUUUAGAGAUUGGAUUUUUAUG